GCCGACUUCUUCAGACACAAAACUUGAACAGCUGUUCCCAUGUUUUGUCCGUCAUUAUCUGUUUAAAAUCCCACCUUUAUUUUAUUUAAUUUUCCCUUUAAGUUCAAAUCCUAAAUCAGAUCGAAACAACUGAUUAGUUUCUAACCAAGUCGGAGAAAAUGUCGCAAGAUCACGACGAGACAGAGAAGAAAUCAUACGCAAACGCUGUCGGUUCCAAUGACGAUGAUGUCGGAGAAACCGUCAACGAAAGGACGAUGAACGGUGACCGCAAAACGGACUAUGUGAAGAUUCAGGAGGAUGAGUCGGAGAGUCUCUACUCCUUGGUUUGCAUCACGAUCGGUUCGAUUCUGUUUCCGGAUUCCAAAACCGGGUAUACCUCGUCUCCUCUGCUUCAGCGAAUAAGAUACUCUGUCGCUGAAAAUGGGCCGAAACUUCGAGAAGCUUCUAAGAAAACUUCUAAGGAGAUUCUCCAAUGGACUCGUCAAGGCAGUUACCUUCGUGCACUCCUUGUCAUCACUAUGGGAACAAUAGUUCUUGUUACAACGAUGGCUUUGGUUGUGUUCAUGCUCUUCUUUAUAGCUGCGACAUUCAAUGCAAUUAUAAUCUCUCUUUUGGUUUCGCUUGCUGCUGCUGGUGGCUUCUUGGCUCUCUUCUUUAUCUCCUUGGCUGGUAUUUAUAUAGGAGCCUUAUGCGUUGCUGCUUUUGUCGUCUCUACUGUUACAGUUUCAGCCGUUGUUUGCGUCUUGAUUGCUUCAGGUUGGAUUGGGUUCUUCUAUGCUGUGUGGUUGGGAGCAAGAGGAAGCCUGAGGCUGGUGAAGCAAUCGCUUUCAGUUAUGGGAGGUAACACUUUCAGUCGUCAGGUUAACAUCGAAUCAUCUAGCUAAGGAGAGGAUCAUUCUCUUUUCGGUUUUUUCUUUUGUUACAAAUGUCUCAGUCUAAAGAGUUUUGGUUAAAGCGUGUUGUUAGUGGAAAGUUUUAUAUAGAUGUUUAUCUACUGAGCUUGUUGUGAAUAAGCAGAGAACCGGAAGAAUCGUCUUGAAUCAAUGUCUGUUUUGGAUUAUACUUUUGGAUCUUUGUAUGCAUGCAUUUGUGUGUUUAUGUAGUUAAGAAUGAUGAAUAAUAUAUACAUGAAGGAUCUCAACUCUGA